AUGAUCUUUCCUUCCCUGAUCUCAAUUUCAUUAUUAUUGCUCCUCUUGCCCGACGCAUUCGGCGCCAAACUCAACCUAAACCCCAAACAACUGAACCAGGUUCACUCGAUAUUGUUACAUAGUAUUCAACAACAUGAGCAACGUAAGUUUGUUCAAAAGUAAUCUAAUUGUAAAAUAAUUGUAAUCGGGGUUGAAUAGUUUUUUCAAGAAUUUGAUUUAAUGCCGGAAAUGAUUUCCCAAUAUAUCAUUUAUCAUGUUUUUUGGCGAUUAUCAAUAACUCGACCAAUUUCAGACCUUCUCGAACCACUAGUCGAAAAUGAAAUUUUUUGUAAAUGUAAUGUUGAGGAAUGCGACACCGAAUUGGUCCAUAUUGCUGGUCCCACGGCCAGAGGAAUGUGUCGAGCACGAGGUGGAGUUUGCAGACAAUCGGUGGUCUACAAGGACGAUGGCAGAGCCAAGGCUACCCUAGAGUAAGCUCAAAUCAAUAUUUCGAAUAUCGCUCAUUAAAUCUUUCAGUUGUCAACCGCCAGAGGCAUUAAUACCCCCCUACAAACCGUUCAUCUGUGAGAAUAUGAAUGGAGCCAGUACCAGAGACUUUGUUUUGUGUUGUAAUGAGACGUCCUUCUGCAAUGACUAUGACGUGAGUUCAGUUUUACAAUUCGUCAUCUUAAAUUUAGGUCCCUGUUCCUAAAAUGCCCCCACAAGUGUCGACCAAGAGUUGGCCAUGGCUGAUAGUGGUCUUUGUGGUGGCAUGUAUAUUCUCGUUUGCGGGUUUGGUGGUCGGAAUCUUCUGGUUUAGAAGUCCCCAUUCAAAACAGUGCAUGCAGAGUUUCUUGACCUGCUUCCCAGCUGCUCAAAAUAGCAUGGCUUAUUAUGCAGCGUAAGUUUAUCACACCAUUACGGUGACAGUAACUAGAGUCUCUUUAAAAAUCUUUCCUGUUUUAGAAACAGCGGUUUGAAUAAACUCCUCGAUGACAUCGAAGCCCAGACUCGCCAUCAAGAUACUGACCCAGAUUGCGAGAAUCAAGUAUUAGUCAGGAGAACGAUUGCUCGGCAGAUCAAAUUGGUGGAAGCAUUGGCCCGUGGAAGGUAUGGAGAUGUUUGGUUGGGAGAUUGGAAGGGAGAAAAGGUCGCUGUCAAGAUAUUUGAAGCCCGCGAUGAGCAUUCAUGGCAUAGAGAGACCGAGAUCUACUCGACCAAUAUGCUUCGGCAUAACAACCUUCUCAGGUGGAUCGCUUCUGACAAUAAGGAUACUGGAACGGCUACUCAGUUAUGGCUGAUCACUGAAUAUAUGAGGAACGGAUCCUUGUAUGACUUCUUGGAGAAGAACUCAGUCUCUCUAGACGAAGCUGUUCAAUUCGUACGAUCCUUGGCUCACGGACUUUCAUAUCUCCACACAGAAGUUCCUGGCAUUACAAGUAAGGAUUACUGUAGUCGUGAUUAUAUGUUUUUGUAGAUAAGCCAGCUAUCGCUCAUCGGGAUAUCAAAUCAAGGAAUAUAUUGGUAAAGAAUGACAUGACUUUAGUGAUCGCUGACCUUGGUUUGGCCGUCCGAAAUCUUCCAGACGGCAUUGAUCUGCCUGACACGAGUAGAGGCGGCACUGUCAGAUAUAUGGCCCCUGAGGUCCUAAAUGGCCGAAUAAUGAAGAAUUCCUUCAAAGCCUACAUGAAUGCUGACAUGUACUCAUUCUCGUUGGUGGUAUGGGAGAUCACACGGAGAUCGAGGGUUAUCCACAACAACGAUCCCCACCCAUAUCUGGUUCCAUACCAAGAGUUUGUGCCUCGAGAGCCAACAGUCGAUGAGAUGAGGGACUGUGUCUGCAGAGAGAGGAAUCGACCGACAAUACUCACGGAAUGGCAGACCAAUCCGGUAAGUAAAAAAAUAUUCAAAAUUUUCGUUAUUUAUAUCUUCUCUACAGACCUUCAUUUUAAAAUUUUAGAUCUCGAAAGAACUGCAAAGGAUAAUGGUGGAGACGUGGACAGACCAGUCCAACUCUCGUCUCACUGCUCUCAACGUUCGAAACAAUUUGGAUCGAUUGUGUGAGAAGGAAAAUAUAAAAAUCAUGACAUAG